UCAGCAGCUCCUUGACGGACUGUUCAACGUUCCGACUCAAUCGCUUCCCUGAUUGUACACAAGUUAUCCUAUUCAUUCCUUCGUUACUCUCUUACCAUUCACGAUGCAUUCCACGAUCGCCAUUUCUGUCUUUUUCAUCAUGGCUGCGAUCAGCCCUGUUUUUGGUGCUCCUGCUUAUGGCAAGCCACCCUCCGCCCCCAAUGGCUCGGGCUCAGGCUCGGGGACCAAUGUGGUCAAGGGCGUAGGUGCUCCGCCUUCCGCCGCCACGCAACCAGUGUACCCGGGGCUAGGUUCCGGUGGCGUUGCUCCGUCAAAGAGGGACUGGGACUGGGAGUCAUGGACUCCACCUCCCAUCCCAUCCCCUCCGCCGAUCCCAUCUUGUUGGUGGAACCGUAGCUGCAAGCGGCAAGAUGCACAGUCCGAGCUCCAGCAGCUUAUCAACAAUGCCCUCCAAGAAGGUCUUAUCACACAAGUUGAGGCCGGCACUCUCCUGGAACUUGCGCAAACUGUGCAAACUCCUGAACAAUUGCAACAGCUGCUAGGUACCGUGCUUGGAGGAACCAGCACUCUUCUUCCUACACCCACCAGCGUCCCCCCGGCAACGGCAACCCCUACUUCUACGCCUACCUCAUCUAGCACCUCAAAGAGGUCAACCGCCGAUAUUUCUGGGCUCGUCAGUCAAGGACUUUCCGAAGUCUCAAGCAUACAGAGCACCCUUGGUGGGCUUCAAAGUCUCUCCUUCGCCGGGCAAGCAGGGACAACCAUCAAUGAACUCCUCAGCGAGGCCAACACUGACGUGUCGAAAUUGACGGAUGCUCUUAACCAACUGGCGAGUACUGCAUCACAGCGCAAGCGGAGCCUCGACAGCGACGUUCAGGGCUUCAUCAACUCCCUCGAAUCUGAUUUGGAAGGUCUCCUGCAAACUGCUUCUGGUGCUCGUAGGCGCUCCGACGUCUUCGAUGAAAUUAUCCAGGCUUUGGAGAGCGGGUUCGACGCCAUUAAGAGGGAUUCCAGCGCCACCGGUGUUGCAACUGCUGCUAGUGCUCAAAGGCGUUCCAACGUCUUAGAUGAGAUUAUCCAGGCCUUGGAGAGCGGUUUAGAUGCCAUCAAGAGGGACCUUGGCGCCACCGGCGUUGCUGAGGGCGAUGGCGAAGUUUUGCUUCCCGGCCUUGCCGGUGGCAGUUCGGCGCAUCUGACAUUUGGUCCUGGCCCAGUGGGCGUAUCGCAGAGAUCCACUAGCGACCUCAUUUCCCUCGUCGAUCAAGCGGAGGGCCAAUUGUCAAGUCUACAGUCCACCCUCGGCAGCCUUUCUAGCAGCAUCUCGACCUGGGCUGGGACGGCGUUGUCCAGUGCCGAGAACCUUAUAACACAGGCAUCCAGCGCUGCGUCGGAUUUGCUGAGCUGCCUUGACAAAUUGGCAUCCGCGAUUCAGGAAGCAAGUUCAUCUUACCAGAGCGCCAACAGCGCGGCAGCUGGAGAAUGGAGUUAACUUUCGGAUAAAUGUUUUAGGAUAUACUUGUUAUGAAGAACAUAGAUAGACAGUAAUGGAACA